AUGGAAUGGAGAAAAUAUUAUUUGGAUAUGUUGCUUGUACCAUUAGGGUUUAUGGUAAUAAUAGGUUAUCAUGUUUGGUUAUGGCAUAAGGUUCGAACUCAACCUUCUUCCACCAUCAUUGGAAUCAAUACUCAUGGAAGACGAUCUUGGGUCCCUGCCAUGCUCAAGGAUAUUGAAAAGAAGAACAUCCUAGCAGUUCAAACACUUCGAAAUCUAAUAAUGGGAUCAACACUUAUGGCUACAACCUCCAUUCUUCUCUCGGCUGGUUUAGCAGCAGUAAUAAGCAGCACAUACAGCGUGAAGAAGCCUCUGAACGAUGCCAUAUAUGGAGCUCAUAGCGAAUUUAUGGUAGCACUUAAAUACGUGACACUUUUAACAAUAUUCUUGUUCUCAUUUUUCUGUCACACUUUGUCCAUUAGGUUUUUCAACCAGGUGAGCAUCCUCAUUUGCACACCACAAAAUGUCAUGUCGUAUUUUGUUGUUACACCUGAAUAUUUGACUGAGCUUUUGGAUAAAGGAAUUGUUUUGAGCACGGUUGGUAAUAGGCUUUUCUACUCGGCUUUUCCUCUUUUGCUUUGGAUCUUUGGACCUGUGUUGGUUUUCUUGUGUUCUGUUGCUAUGAUUCCUGUGCUUUAUAACUUGGACUUUGUUUGUGGGAAUGGAAAGGGGAAUGGUGUGAAGAUUAAUGACAAAGGUGGAGAAGAUUAUGUUUGA